AUGCCUCAUAGCGAGGUCUAUUGGGUGGGCAGCGGCCCGAUGCUCACCGCAGCGGGCACAGCUGCCGCAGCAGGUUAUGCUGCAACUGCCUACAAGUACAACUUGGGCCGGUAUCAGUUCAAUGCCAAGCAGCGCCAGCAUCGGAUACAUCAGAAUCAGAACAUGAAGCUGGAAUUGUGGCGACUCUUUCGGGAAGACGUCCGGGAUCUCUUUGAGUUGACGACCUCGAACAUGAACACCUACAUGGUGGUGGGCUCUUUGCUGGUGACAUGCAUCAUUGGCUUCAUCUUCGUGGGGUACUCGGAGUUUCCGAUGGAACCGCCCUGGCUCCUCCUGAUCUGGAACAACAGCGUCUUCUCCUCGAUCACCUUUGGCAUCGUCAGCGUGUGGUUGGCCACGCACGGCUCCAGUUCAUGCAAUUCUGCGGCCACGAAGAUUCUCACACAGGCCGUGCGUCCACCGGUGCCCACACUGGAUGAUGUUCGUGCAGCCAUGAGACAGCAGGAGCACUAUGAGGCUAGCGGAGUGAAGAACUUCUUCAUGCCCCCGGCGAUGGUCCCCGGGGCCAAGAUUGGUGGCCUCCAGGAAGACAGUAGCAAUGUGGUCAUUGUGGCUGUGUGA